UGCAGAAAAAGCAAUCUAAUGAAUGUUGCAUCAGAGACAAGUUACCCGAAGUUUUCCUAUACCUCUCCACGUGGUAGACAAAGGAACAAUAUUGAAUUAUCAUUCACACCACCAUGCCCCACUGUUCCAGCCAGACUUAAUUUCAUUACAAAAGGUCUUGAGCAUCAAAACGUAGCUGAGUUUAAGACUAUUUUAAACAGUUGUUUGGAGAGGGCAGAUACUUAUGCACAGUCAGGGAAGCAGACUGUAAGUGAUGUCGGUGAAGUUUGUAAUAUGCAAAAUAAAAUCUCAAGAACAGAUACAAGUAAUGCAGCACAGGAUGAUCCCACAUCAGUAGGAAAUCUAUGUCAGGAGCAGCCUUGUGUGACGGAUCACAUGUCAGUCUGGCAAUCAUCAGACGUUGUUCAUCCCCACGAUUCUGCUCAUUUGGUGGAUUUCAGUGAGAUGAGACUCCCAAGAUGUCUUUCACCGCUUACAUCUGAAGCAGCUGAUAUUUCUGUCCAAGAUUCUUUAAAACUACUGGAAUUUUCUUUAGCAUCUCACGUCAACCUCAAGCCUGCAUUGAGACACACAUCUUCGUGGCAACUUCAAGCAUUUCCUGGCAAAACUAAUCAACAGAAUUCAGCAUGUACUUCACAACUUGUAAAACAGUUACAUUGCCCAGUGUUAGGGAAGAAUUCAUGCCCUUUAAGAUUAAAUGAAGAUCAUAAUGGAGAGGCCAAUUUGUGUAAAUCAGAAAAGACAAAGACAAGAGAGAGGAAUUUUGAGAAUGACCUAGGAAGAUCUACAGCGCAGCAAAGUGUUCAAGCUGCAAAUGAGCCUUGUAGAAAAAAAGCAAAGAUCGCUGGUUACACAAAUGAAACUGAUACACAAACAACAGAAGUAAAUCCCUGCAGUGUGAACAUGAAGAAUAUAAGAAACAUUGAAAGCAUACAAGAUAUUAGUAACCCUGGUACCUCUGAGGGCCUAAAUCGCCUAAAGGCUCCCAAGGCAAGGAAAACCGUGUCAAUAGGUCUGAAAUCUCAAGAGAACCUGGAACAGAUGAGUCAUUCUUUUAAAUGUAAAGAUCAAGAGGCAUGCCAGAAAGAUGUUUGGGAUUCAAAACAAAUUGUCUCUCUGGUGGCAAACCAUGGACAUGGGAGGCUGCUACAGGAAAGAGUAUGCGCUAAAGGCCAGAUGGAAGACUUAAGCAAAAUAAGGAAGUUUAACAGUUCAUCUGUGAAUCCUAAUGCUGCUUCAUCUUCCUUCCAUCAUGACUUUCAGUUAACACAAAUGAGCAAGGAAUGUGUACCAAGACAUGGAAACGAGAGUCCACCUGAAGUACAGCAUGAUUUAGGACUUGCACAAGCUGAUGUAAGGGAUUCAAUCAGUGAAUGUGAAAAGAAAAAAGAACCAGGACCAGAAAAUAAAAGUCCCAUAUUAGAGCCUGAAAAAGUCUUUCCGAAUGUUAACCUAGGCAGAGAAGAAAACGAACAGCCCCAAAGAUAUUCUAGUCUCUUUAAUAAAACAGGUUUUUGUGAUAAGAUUUUCCAUCAGACUGCUUUCAGUGUAGGUACCUCUCUCACUGAAAGCAGUCUCCCUAUUAAUCAUCAAGUAAGAUCAAUUUUACAAACGACGGAUAGAAAAAUCAGGACUAGUCUGCCUCCAAGUCUCAUUUGUAAGAAGAUGCAUGAAACUCCAAAGCAUUAUCUCAUGAGUACCAGGCAAAUGAUGGACAACAAAAAAGAGGAGAGGAAAGAUACACUUGAAGAAAAUGAGAUGGAGAGGAGAGAACCAGAGAUUAAUAAACUGGAUGAAGAUUUGGAAAAAAAUAAAUACAAAAAAGUAGAUCCGAAAGGUGACAUUGAACAAACUGAAAGUUCAUCCAAAAAUAUUAAUGGAUGUUUGAUGAAUGUAAACUUUGUAAGAGGGACUGAGAUUAGUGCAAAUACCAAUUUAUCCAUUCUAAAUGCUAAUUCCCAUUUGCAAAUACGUCCACCAGCAAGAGAUUUAAACAGUAAUGGGAUGGAAAAUAACUUGCAGAAUGAAUUACCUACAACAUUACUCCAUCCUUUUAGAACUGCAAACAUGAUGGAGAAACCAAAAACUGUUGAACAUAUUACAGAAGGUCUUAGUGAAGUUCCAGUUUCUAACAAACCGACAGAGGACAAACUAAUCAAGACCAAAGAGAUGCAUCUUGAAGGGACAAAAAGCACUCAAAUUGUUAAUCUGGGAAGACAAGAGAAAGGAACGAAGAAUACAGUAAGGAACACCGAACAUGUAGAAAUCAGUAGAAUGAAUGAAUAUGAACCUGGGCUAAGUGAUAUUGAAGUGGACAUGAUGGAUGAGAGUGCUAAGCUUGCUACAUGUCAUGGAGAUGAUGUGUUUGAGGGAAUGCUUGAUGAUUCUGAUGUAGAGGAAAGCCAGAUGGAUAAUGAUGGAGAACCUGUUGCUCAUGAAAAAGAAUUUAUUGAACAGCAGAUUCAAAGAACUGAAGUCAUGCCACCAGAAGAAGUUAAUAUUACUUCAAAUAUGAUAACCAAUGAACGAUCAUCUAUUCAACAUGGAGAGGAGCCUGUCACCUCCUCACUCGAUUCCUUAAGUUCAUCAGUAAUGUUUGUGCCUGAUGUGAACACUGAGUCAGCAGAGGACUGCAGCAGUGCGGACGAGGAGCUUGUUGUGGAUGAUUUCACUGACUUUUCUAUUGAGCCAUGCACUGGACUUGGUACCCAGUGUAAAACUAUUCUAGAAGAGGAGAAUGAGUUGGAAGAGGAGGGGAAGGAGGAGGAAGAUGAUGAUGUUGAUGUGACUGGAGAAGAAUCAAACUAAACUCUUCUUACACUUUAAAAGCUUUUUCCAAAUGAUCAACUCGGCAUAACAAAUAGGUUUAUCAUGGUAAAUUUCUUUAUUUUUCAUGUAUUUUAUUAUUAUAAUUAUGUAUGUAAUGUUAUAUUUAAAAACUUAAUUUAUGCGGAUAGAUGUUGACAAGUUUAUUUGAAUCAGUUUAUUUGUUUAUUUAUUUUCCCCUGCACUAAAAAAAGACCAAUAUCUGUACAUUAUUGUUGUUUGUCUCUUGGUUAGAUCAUUAAGUAAAGCUUACUGUUUGUGGGGAAAUUAUUUUUUUGUCAUAAUACUGAAUGAAGUACAGCAGGCAACGACAGCACAGCAGGUAAAAUUGCUCUCUCACCUCCCAAGGUCAUGAGCUCGAUCCUGGGUUUUGGUUACUGUCUAUACAGAGUGUUGCAUGUUUUCCGGGAGCAUUUUUGGGGUUCCUUUGGUUUUUCCUAUUUAUACCUGCUGUGUUUUGAUUGUUUUUGCCUUUUUUCGCCUUGUGCCCUGUGUUAACAGUAGAGGCCCCAUGUCCACCUUGACGCGGACCAGGAAAAAAUAGCUCUAAUGUAUUAAAUAUAUGAGAUAUAUGGGUCUUUAGAAGAUUA